GGACACACACACAUUAAUCAUUUUUAUUUUCUCUUCUUGCUUUUUCAUUUUUAUUAACAACAAAAUUACAACGAAAAUGGAGCAGAUUAAUUCAACUGACAAUCUUUUAGUAAAUGGAAAAAUUUCAGAUCAACCGAUUGCCUUACUUGUAGAUGAGCUUUUUAAGGUUGAUUGGAAUCCGUUUGUGGAACAUAGGCGGUAUAUCACCAUGGAAGGCCAUAUGGAGAUUUAUAAUGCGAAUGAGGAAGAUCCAGAACAAAUUUGGAAAAGACUAUACUUUCGCACAAAAGACGGGCGUUUUCAAUGGUUUGCGAGUCAUUGUGCAGAUGAACAUCCAAUUUCAGACGUUCUUCUCACUGGCACAGAAAUCAAAGCUAAUCGAGAUGAUUGGACACUUUUGAUAAAAGGAGGCAAAGAAAACGCUGAUUUAUUGGUUCGAGUGCCCUCAAACGUUUUUGAUAAAUGGCAUCAGGUAUUUAAAUUUAGCAUUUUUUACUUCUAUUUUUUACAGACACUGUUGAGUCAUUCCAGUUCUUCCCUGGUAGAUGCGUAUAUCCAACCAGUUUGGCCAGCAGUCCCGCAUCGCACAAAUAGAAUAAUUUUGCUUGAAAUUGGUGGCCAUUCCUUACGAGCUGGAAUUCUUACUCAAAAACCCGCAUUGCCCUAUACUUUUAUUCCUCUUCUAUGUGCUUUACAUUCAGAAAAUGAUCAUCUCAAAUUUGUAGCUUCUGGAAAGGAGGCAAUAUUGGCUGGAAAGCAAGAAAAUUUCAAUUUGGCCCAACCGAUCAGGAUUUCCGAAGAGGAAACUUAUUUGGAUCGGGCAGCUAUGAUUUUCCUUUUGCAACGGGUUAUGCAAGAUAUGGCAACGCAGGCUCGUGAGAUGGAUAUUAGUUUCAGGCCACAGAAUUUUUCGGUUCUUAUGUCUAUUCCUGAAUAUAUGGACAUUGAAGCUGCUUCUGAUAUCUUAAAAAUGCUGCUGGAUAAAUCUUUUGGCUUUAGGAAUGUAGGAAUUGUUCGACAACCAAGUUUGGUCCUUUAUUCUUAUGAUGUGACAACAGGUGUUGUUGUUUUUAUCGGAGAACAUUUCUCGAUUGUUCCUAUUAUUGAUGAGUUUGUUGUUCAAGAUGCUGUAAAUUUAAUACUUCCUUAUGGAGCUAAACAGAUUAGAGACAAACUACGAACUAAACUUGACUUGAAAGGAUGGUUGAAUGCCUUAGAUUCUACUAAUUCCUCUUCGGCAACAUUUGAAGAGCUUUUGUUGCGAUUUCUUUGUUGUUUUGUCGCAGCCAAUGGAUAUGAUUCUGAGAGGCAAAAAGGUUCCAAAGAAAUGGCCGUUGAAUUGCCUGGAACAUCACUCUCGCUUAAAGUUGAUGGUGAAAUUAGAUUUUCCGCUCCAGAGGGCAUUUUCAAUCCAAGUCUGUGGGGAAAAGAAUCUUUAGCUGGACUUCAUCAAUUGGUUUAUUUUUUACCUUUUUGUAUAUUCUCAAUAUUCAGGUGCACGAAGCGAUUCAAAGAUGCCCGAUCGACAGUCGACGACCUCUCUAUAGCAAUUUAUUUAACAGGCGGUUGUUCAUUAUUGCGAGGAUUGACUGAACGACUUGAAUUGGAGAUUUCAAAACUUGUCCCACCAUCUAUACCUGUACAGGUAUUAAAUAGUCCUUGGCGGCGGCAUUCUGCAUUUUUGGGUGCUCAUCAAAUUUCUGCCGCCUCGGAUGAAUUUCCGAGAAAAUGUUGUGUUGGAGAAUCGGAGCUUGACGAUUAUUUGCGUCGUAUGAGCACUCCCACAACAAUGGAAUAGA